ACUACACACAGGUACACACAGAUCACUUACCUGUUCACAAAGCCCGCACGCCUUCUACAAACAUGUCGGUUCGGCCGACCCACAAACGAUUUUUUGGCCGCAGGGAAUGACCAGUGGACUACCAUGGGGUAGUUUAGGCCAGACCAGACCCGGACCCAGUAAGGGUCAGGGCUUGCAAUAGCAAGAAGUCACAACCAUUUCACAAUGGCCACCAAUACGGUACCGCUCAACGUGGGGCCGUCUUCCGCCGCUACAAGCAAGUUAGACCAGUUGCUUUCCUUGUUACCGAAAUCUGAUGUCACGCUCUCAUCUUUAACGUUCAAAUCGAGAGAGAAAUCCCUUUGUUUACAUCUCCAAAAUAGGGGCUUACACGCCAUACCGCAAGAAGUCUACAGACUACGUGACUUGGAGGAACUGAGCGUGGAUAACAACACCAUCGUCAGCGUUCCACAAGACAUACGCUUGCUAAAAAACCUGAAGGUUCUUUCAAUCGCACAGAACAAGCUACUGGGAUUCCCCGUUCACGUGUGUUAUCUAAAGGGACUGAAGAAACUUAGACUUUCGGACAAUCCCAAACUUUGCGAUGCCACCUCAAAACUUCCCUCAAAGUUUACGAAACUCAAGAACUUAGAAGAGUUGCAGUUAGAACGUGUAGAACUUCACGACUUGGCGAUUGAAAUAUGCACUCUAUCAAAUCUACUCCGACUGAACUUAAGCCACAACAAGCUUGAAACCUUGCCAUCCGAAAUAGGUGACUUAACCAACCUGAGAGAAUUUUACUUAAACCACAAUAAGUUGAUUUCCCUGCCCGAUUCGUGUCGCAGACUGAAAAGCCUCAGGCGGCUUUUUCUGCAAGAGAAUAGGCUAGACAAGUUUCCUUUUUGUAUCUGCUCAAUGGAGCGUCUGCAGGUACUAGAUGUCAGCGAUAACGCUCUGUCACAACUACCAGCGGAAAUAGUGCAACUCAGAAAGCUUCAUGUCCUGAAGUUGAACGGACUUGGUCUCGCGACUUUUCCUCUACAAAUAACUUCCAUGGUGAACCUAGAAGUCAUCGAGAUGUCGGACAAUUGUUUACACAAUCUUCCUGACGACGUAGUUGUACUGAAAAAGUUGACAACUUUAAUGUUGAACAAAAACAGAUUUAAGACUUUCCCCGAGCAGACGUACGGUCUAACUAGCUUGACAACUUUAGAGAUGAAUGAAAACCGCUUGAAAUGUAUACCAGAAGACAUUAAUAGAAUUGAUCAGUUGCAAAAGCUUCGUCUGGACAAAAACCGCAUCGCUGCUCUACCACAAGCAUUCACAGAACUGCAGAAUCUUGAAGUCAUCACACUCAAGUGCAAUGAGUUCAAAAGCUUCCCUAUGGAACUGAUAGAACUCGAAGUUGACACCUUAGACAUCAGUGACAACGACAUACAAGAAGUGUCUAUUGAAGACGUAGCCAUCAAGAAGAGCAAACUGCCACAAGAAGUUCGUUAUCUAACGUCUUUAAAAGCGUUAGAGUUGAACAAUUUGAAGUUAACACACGCGCCAAUCAGCGUCUGUAUGUUAACAAACCUGAUCCACUUGAGUCUAGUUGGAAACAGUCUAACAGAUUUGCCCAAGGAUAUCUCACAGCUGCGGGUCCUUAAGGAGCUCAUCAUCAGUGAAAAUGGCAUCGAGGAACUUCCACCAGAAGUGUGCUCCUUAUCCAACCUCGAACUGUUAGAAGCUGAAGACAAUCACAUCAACUUUCUACCAGCCGACAUAGACCAGUUAUCCCGCAUGAAGUGCCUUGUACUAAACAAGAACGAUCUGGACUACCUGCCGAUUCAAGUCUGCGCGUUACUGUGUCUCGAAGUGCUGAGCAUUUGUGGAAAUCACUUAACUCUCGUCCCCGACGAAGUUGGUGAUCUUGCGUCUUUAAGAGAGUUGUGGCUGUGCAAGAACACUCUCGUUGACUUGAACUUGAAUCUAUGCAGCUUGAUCUUCGUUGAGAUCUUAGAUCUAGCCGGUAACAACCUCCAGAAGCUACCACAGGAUAUCGGUAACGUGAGGGUGAGAGAACUUUACCUGUCUCGCAACCAGUUUGAGAUCUUUCCCUCACAGGUGUGCGAGUGUCUCAAUCUGGAAAUCUUGUCCAUGGACGAAAACAAGCUACGCGACGUACCCGAAGACAUUGCGGACUUGAAGCAUCUAAGAGUCUUGGCCCUCACGCAGAACGACUUCGAACAUUUCCCGAUAGAAAUCUGCAAGCUGAAGUCUCUCGAAGAACUUUACUUCGGCGGGCAAAGGAGAAGAAUUGGCGGGAUUCCUGACGACAUUCGGGCCCUGACGAACUUGAAGAAACUGUUCGUCGAACAUUCCGGAGUUACGUCACUUCCUGUGACCGUGCGUAACCUUGGUUCUUUGAGGGAGCUCAAACUACCCGGUAACGAUAUCAGGUCCUUGCCAAACGAGCUAUGCGUCCUGUCAGGGUUAAAAAUCCUCCAACUCCAAGACAACAGAAUCUCGCGUCUGCCAGAGAAUUUCGACGAUUUCUGUCACGGUCGUCUGAAGGACCUGUCACUGCAGAGCAACCCGCUAGAGUUCCCGCCAUUGUCUGUGUGCGUCAGCGGCCUUCGACCAAUCAGGAGCUGGCUCUGCAAGGACCGGAAGAUGAAGGCCAAACAGAGGAAGCUUGAAGAGGCCCGGUUCCUACGGCUCCUGCGGCAGUUUGCAGACGGCAUCAGGAGGAACCAGAUCACCGUGCCGUUCCCCAUGCUGCUGGCCUGCGAGCUGGGCCUCACAGACACCAUGUUCACCGGCAUAGAGAAGAGACACCCCAAGAAGGCAAAGGAACAGAUCUACCAGGUAAUGCUGAAGUGGAAGACCCUGUCCUGUACGCCCUUCUGUAAGAACGCGGAGAGAGUACAGCGGCUGUCCAGGCACCUCCUCAACAUGCGCAAACCUGAGCUGGCCCAGGCACUCAGGGACGUGUUCACAGAGAUACAGGAGAAGGAAGGACUGGAAUCAAAGUCUGACUAACCAAGGGCAUUAUACUACAAGUGUAUAAUGUCCUUGGACUAACAUUACACUCCCUAACGUGUUUGGGAGAGCCACACCCCACGCACUUAAAAAAACCCACCGCACUUAUCUAAAAGAGUAGGCGACCUGGUGUGAGUUUUUCAAACCUUACAGUCCUAUGGCUGCACCUGG